GCUGCAUCCGUCACCAGUCUCACUCGGAGCAGCGGACGACAGGCAACAGAAGCGCACUGUCCGCCAUUCCCGCAGCCAUGAUGAACCAGGCAUUUAUCAGGAAGUCCUCCUCCGCCAUGAUCCCCUGCCAGCUGCUGUACGGCGGGGGCGCUGUUUCCCCCAAGCCGCUGCCGCUGGAGGCCAGCUCCCUGCCGCUGGGGAAGGAGGAGUGGGAGCGGCAGCCGCCGCUGGACUACAACACGGGCGGCUCCCUGCCUUCCUCCCAGGGGGAGCUGGACGAGGAUGAGGAGAUGAUGGAGUCGGUCUCCCGGGGGUCCACCUCACCCCCGCCCAGCCCCUACCCGCCGGACGCCCUGUACAGCCAGACCCGCAACCUGCUCCGCACCUACUACUUCGUGCAGGCCGGGGUGAAGGCGAAGGAGGCCGGGGACAUCCAGAAGGCGGUGACCACCCUGCGAAGGGUGGGGGACGAGAUCAACGAGAAGCACAAGAUGGCCUUCCAGGGAAUGCUGCAAAAAAUGUCCAUACAAACGCCUGACGAUAUCCAGAAACUUUCCGAUGUUCCAUCCAUGGUCUUCAGCGAUGGGAUUACGAACUGGGGGCGUAUUGUGACUCUGAUAAGCUUUGGGGCUUUCGUUGCGAAACAUUUGAAAUCUUUACAUAUGGAAGACAGUAUCGGUACGCUAGCCGACAAUUUCACAGACUAUCUUAUGACCAGUAAACGGGAAUGGAUCCGUCAGCACAAUGGCUGGGAAGGAUGUGUGGAGUUUUUCCACGUUGAAGAUUAUGAAGGUGGACUAAGAACUGUAUUAAUGGCCUUCGCUGGCGUAGCUGGACUCGGAGCAAGCCUGGCAUAUAUGAUCCGGUGAACAUGCCUCCUUUAAGGUCUUGUUUUUAAGUACUUUGAACGAACGUAUACCGUGGCACUAUUUGCCGUGGAGGCCAUUCCUUGAAUUCAGAUUCAUAGUCUGGAUUCACCCCCAGCCCUGUUGUCCUAGAACAUCUACAGGGGGGUCACUGGUGGAAAGAUUGGGCUAUCCAGUGGACAGAGGAGAACAGUUUCGUUUGUACACAAACUUUGACAAGAGAAUUUUGUCAUUGUUAAAUCUUUAUAUAUUUUUUUUGUUUUCUACGAAUAAAUCUAAUAUAUUUUCACAAGAAGCGUUUGAGGUACAUGCUGGCUUUUGGUGCGCAAGCGAUUGUCUCAAUGCACCAAGGGCAAUGAGAUCUUGUUACGAAUACAUGUUCCCAAUAUUUUUAUUUUUGAUCCAAAAUUUAAAAAACAAUGUAAAUGUAUGUAUAGAUGUACAGGGGUCAUUGUAAUGUAAAUUGUACAUAUGUAACUAGUGUACAAUAACUAUACGGUGUAGUAAAUGGUCACAAGCUAUCCCAAUGGGCCUUGGUGAGCUUACUGAGGCAGUGAAUGUUACAUUUUGGGUAGCAUGGCCUCACAGAAGUUGUAACCACGUAAUGGUUCCAUUUGUAAAUAAGUGGCAGAUUAUCUAAGACAAAUCACUUUCUCCAGCGUUGUCCUUUCAAUCCCCCAAACCCCCCUCCCCCUGACACCGCCAACAGUUCCCAAUAAGACUCAUUCUGCCAUUAAUCCACUUACAAAUGUCUGUUCUCUGACUCGUGUUGUCGGAGCGGCACUAGUUUAGUUUCUUUACCAUAUUUACCCCAUAUGGUGCUAGCGUUUUGUUUACAGUUUACAAAUUAAAGAAACUAUUUUGUUUA